AUGCCUAAUACUCUCGGUCAAUCUUACCUUCAAACUUCACCUUGGAAGAAGAAUCUUUUCGACGGCAAAGUUGUCUUUGUCACAGGUGGUGCUGGAAGUAUCUGUCGUGUAGAAGUCGAGGCUCUGGUACUUCUUGGAGCCAAUGCUGCUAUUAUUGGUCGACGUAAGGAUGUGACUGAAAAGGCAGCAGAGGAGAUUGGUCAACUCCGACCUGGCGCCAAAGUCAUUGGUAUUGGCGGUGUGGAUGUGAGAGACGUGAAAUCUUUGGCAAGUGCUGUUGAUACUACUGUCGGUCAACUUGGCAGAAUCGAUUUUGUCAUUGCUGGAGCUGCUGGUAACUUCCUGGCUAACGUUGCUAAUCUAUCAGCCAAUGCUUUUAAGACAGUUGUUGACAUUGAUCUGCUCGGUUCCUACAAUACUUUCAAGGCCACUUUUGACGAAUUGCGCAAGAACAAGGGUCAUAUCAUCUUUAUUUCUGCUACUUUACAUUAUACCGGCUUGCCAAUGCAAGUGCAUGCUUCUGCUGCCAAGGCCGGCGUGGACUCAUUAAUGCGAACUUUGGCUGUCGAGUUGGGUCCUCUUGGAAUCCGUUCGAAUGCUAUUGCCCCUGGCCCAAUUGCUGGAACUGAAGGAAUGGACCGUUUGAGCGGAAAGAACGACCCAAACAGAUUCAAUAGAAUUCCUCUUCAAAGAUACGGAACUACCACCGAGAUUGCUGAUGCCACUGUCUACCUAUUUUCGGACGCUUCUAGUUAUAUCACCGGUACUGUCACUGUGGUUGACGGUGGAAGCUGGCAAACCGGAUCCGUCACCGCGUCCUCGGCCAUGUAUCCCACCAAAAUCACUGAACUCAACAGCAAGACUGCCAAGUUGUAA